AUGACGGAAGUGGCGCACAAAAAGCGUGGCAAGUGCUGCGGCUGCGGAUGCCGACAUUGCCCCUACAACCAUGCCAAUGUCCCUUCCACGGAGCGCGCAGCCCGCAUUCAGCAGCCAGCAUGGCUGCACAAGACUUCCAUUGAAGCUGAAGAAGUUGAUGUCCUAUUCUGGAGUGGGGGUAAGGACAGCUAUCUUGCUCUUCGAACUCUUCUGAAAGAGAAAGGCGAGGGAAGGAGGGGCGUCGUGCUCAUGACCACCUUCGACGCAAGAACGCGCAUUAUUGCCCACCAAGAAGUAGAGAUCAAGACCGUGGUGCGCCAGGCAGAGACUUUGGGUGUGAGCCUUGUGGGAGCCCCCUUGCACCCCGGCCGAAAGUACGAAGAGCAGCUGGAGCAAGCACUUCGUGUGGCACAGAAGGGCCUUUCUGGGAUUCCAAUCACCCGGGUGUGCUUUGGAGAUCUGCAUUUAGAGCACAUUCGAAGCUGGCGAGAACAGCAGCUCACUCCGGUGGUGCGGGAGGUUUGCGGCCAGGCAGCUCAGCUUCACUAUCCUAUCUGGCACAAGAGCUACGAGGAUCUCAUGGCCGACUUGGUGGCAAGCGGCGUGAAGUGCCGGAUCAGUGCCAUGCCGGAUGCGGCACCAAGCGAG